AUGGCCCUUGUACCCGACAUCGAAAUAAGCAGGUGCCAAGAACGCUCGAAACAUCCCCCAAACCCAACGGCAAUCCCUCCAAACUCCCACAGUGCCUCACGCACAGACUCUUCAGCCUCGGGAACUGAUUUCCCGUCGCAUGCCACCUCACCAGAUUCAACCGCCCCAUCUGCAGAAACCUCAACCCCCGAAAACCCCCGUCCGCUGCUCUCCACGUCUCCCCCUCGAAAGCAUUGUCCUUCAGCUUCAGCGUCACCAGAUUCUCCAGCAUCCCCACAUGUGUCCGAAAGCGUCAGCUUCCUCAGUUUUGGCGGGAAUUUAUACGUCCCGGGAAGCCCCGUCAGCCUCGCCUCCGACGGCGGCCGGGGGAACACGUCGUUCAAGAGCUUAAGGCUCUCGAGAUGCCCCAAUUUCCCGAGGCUGUCGAAACCGACUCCUCUUACCUCCAUCAGCUUCGACAGCUGGCCGCGGAUGCCGAGGGACUUCAAGCCCGGCGCGCGGGCGAAGACGUCGUCCGUACAGCUGUCGGGCGAUAUCGCGGAGAGAGUCUGCAGGCCUCCGACCAUUAUCGUCGCAUCGUUUUUUUUCCUCGACUUGGAGAGCGGGCCCGGGAGUGACGUGGACGCGUUCGUCUUCACUCGAGGGCAAGAUCUUGCUGCCGAUCGAGAGGACGAGAAGUCUGAGGUGGACGAGGUGGGCGAGGCCGGUGGGGAAUCGAGGGAAGAUCAACGUGCGAGCGUCCAAGACGCGGAGGAGCUUGAAAGCGGCGGGGAUGGACGAGACGUGCUCGGGGGGGAGGGGAGUCUCGUCGGGGGAGAAGGAGAGGAAGGAGCGGAUGCGGCGGCUGCGGAGGCCGUCGAGGGCCGGGACCGAAUCGAAACGCCUGAUCUCGUGGAAGAGCUUCUCCUCCGCUGCCUCCUUCUUGCAGAACUCGCGGAGCACGUCGUGAACGCGGCAAGUCUUGAUUUUGCCGUUCGGUUUCAAUCGUCCCACCAUCACCAGGUUCCGACUCACGAGAUCCUCCAGGCGUACAAGCCUCCACACGGGGAUCUCGAAAUCUUCCGGAAACAUCCCAAAGUAGAGAAAGCAAGCUUUGAGGUGGUACGGCAGGUGAUUGUAGCUCAUAUCUAUGAAGCUAUCCACACGCUUCUGCUCGUCCAUGGAAAUAAACGCAUCCACACUCUUCGCCACCCUCUCCCACCAUUCGGUCCCCUUCUCGAGCAAAAUACCUCCGAUCACCACCACCGCCAGCGGGAGUCCCUUGCACUCGUCCGCAAUAUGCCGCCCGUCCCUCACGAGCUCAUCCGGACAUUCCUCCGACCCAAGAGCCUUCCUCCGAAGCAGCUGCCAGCUCUCGUCAGAAGUCAAGAACCGAAGGUUAUGAGGCUCGGAGCUCGGGUUGGCAUGCUUGGCGACUUUCCUCAUGCGGCUCGUGAUCAGUACUCGGCUGCCCCUGCUGUUUCUCGGGAAGGCGGGCUUGAGGUCGUUCCAGGCCUCCUCGGACCACACGUCGUCAAGGACGACCAGGUACUUAUUCUGGUCGAGCGUGCGGCGGAUCUCGGUCGCCAGCUGCUCGUCGUUCAUUUUGUUGGUUGUGUCCGUGACGCGGGUGAUGGAGGCGAGGAUGGAGAGGAAGACUUCCCUGCGGCUGUAGUCCUGAGAGACGUAGGCCCAAGCUCGGCUGUAGAACUCGUAACUGAUGUCACGGUCACGGUAUAUCAUCUUGGCGAGGGUCGUCUUGCCGAGGCCCGGCAUGCCGAUUAUCGAGACGACUUGGAGCUCGGCGGGACCCUCGGUGAGGAGUUUGAUCACUUUGUUGGCUUCGUCCUCGAAACCGACCACGUUGUCUUCCUCGACGAUUGGAGGCUGUGGAAAAAAAAUGGAGGAGAGAGACUAUGA